AUGGCUAGACCCCACUCGGCGUGGCCGCCCUACUUCUUGGAUACUAGCCAACGGCUGCGUGCAGGAGGAGUCCUCCAGGACAACGAGUGUCCACUCGAUUGGCAGAGCUCUCCGCACCGGGUGGCGACUCCUCCAAUGGAACUGCAGGAUCAGUGCGGCAGCGUCCGGGAAGGCGUUGAAACGCGGCACUUCUUUGCGCGUGCCUCCGCCCAGUCCCAAGGCUUUACAAGCUAUUGGACGCGCCUGCAGGCACCCAAUGGACAGCACUACUUUUAUGACUACGUCAGCAACACUUGGUCCUGGGAAGAACCUCAGUCACGAGUACUCCAUCAGGACGCGUUGCGCAGCCAGCGACAGAGUGCUGGGGCGAAGACAACCAGCCUCGGCGUGGACAUGGACAAAUUGCGGAGUCGACUGGAACUGAUCCUCGCUCGCCGUGAGCCACGACACGCUAGUUCCAGUCCAGGAGUCACCUCUGGCGCCUACGCUCCCUUUGUGCCCAGUGCGGCGUCGAACGGGCCGGUGCCGGCGCCUGCGGCAGCGCCGGUGCCGGCGCCUGCGGCGGCGGUGCAUGCUCAGGCGGCACCUGCUCCGGUGCUUGCUCCGAGAGAACCAGCACUCUUUCCAAAGGAUUGGACUGGCGAUCCCGAAUUGGAUCUGAACAGAGAAGGAAAGGGCUAUCGGAAUCGCUUCACGAAGUUCUACUACCAGGACGAGGAGCAAGCGUGGCAGGGCCUGGAGGAAACUCAGGACUUCUACCAGAGCUUGGAGCGUUGCCGAGUACGCCCGGGCGAGAACCACCCCGAACAUCAGGACUCCUUCUGGCGUGUCGGCACGCUGAAAGAAUGGAACUUGCCGGCCCUCUUCAAAAACUGGAGGGCCAAAAGGUUGGCAACCUCUAUGCCCAUCUUCUUGGACCGGUGA